AUGGAGAGGGCGACCCAGAGCGCAGACGGCGGCGGCGGCGGGGGCAGCAACAGCAGCAGCCGUAGCAGCAGCCGCGCCACCUCGGCGGGCUCCUCGCCCUCCUGCUCCCUGGCUGGCCGAGGGGUGGCCGGCCGAUCGGCGGCCGCGGGACUGGGCGGCGGGGGCAGCCGCAGCAGUCCCGGCUCGGUGGCCGCUAGCCCGUCCGGAGGAGGCGGCCGCAGGAGGGAGCCGGCGCUCGAGGGCGUGCUCAGCAAAUACACCAACCUCCUCCAGGGCUGGCAAAACAGGUACUUCGUGCUGGAUUUCGAGGCUGGCCUCCUGCAGUAUUUUGUGAAUGAACAGAGCAAACAGCAGAAGCCCCGAGGAGUCCUGUCUUUGUCUGGAGCCAUCGUGUCCCUGAGUGACGAAGCGCCCCAUAUGCUGGUCGUGUACUCUGCCAACGGAGAGAUGUAUAAACUGAGAGCUGCUGAUGCAAAGGAGAGGCAGUUCUGGGUGACUCAGCUUCGAGCUUGCGCCAAAUACCACAUGGAGACCAAUUCCAAGACUACUCCAAGUUCCCGAAGCCGGAGUCUCACUUUGCUCCCCCAUGGAACACCCAAUUCUGCGUCUCCCUGUAGCCAGAGACACCUCAGUGCGGGGGCCCCCGGUGUUGUCUCAGUCACGCAUCACAAGUCGCCUGCAGCUGCCCGAAGAGCCAAGAGUCAGUAUUCCGGCCAACUUCAUGAAGUCAGAGAGAUGAUGAACCAGGUGGAAGGUCAGCAGAAGAACCUCGUGCACGCCAUCGAGUCCCUGCCAGGCUCCGGCCCCCUCACUGCCUUGGACCAGGACCUGCUUCUCCUGAAGGCUACCUCCGCUGCCACCCUCAGCUGCCUCGGGGAGUGCCUCACCCUGCUCCAGCAGAGUGUGCGCCAGGCGGGCCCAUCUAAGCCACAAGCAGGGGCCUCAGAAACCAUCCUGGGAUGGCAUGGGCCCACGUCACAUUCCACAGAGCAACUGAAAAACGGGACCCUUGGCUCUUUGCCCUCGGCCAGUGCCAACAUAACGUGGGCAAUCCUACCCAACUCUUCGGAAGAGGAGCAUGGCUCACAGCCAGAACCAGAGCCAAACUCAGGCCCUGAACUGGUUUUGUCUGAAGAUGAACAAAGCGACAAUGAAGACAAGGAAGAGACAGAGCUGGGUGCCUUGGAGGAUCAGCGCAGCGUAAUCCUUCACCUCAUCUCACAGCUGAAACUGGGCAUGGAUUUAACCAAGGUGGUGCUCCCCACGUUCAUUCUAGAAAAGCGGUCCUUGCUGGAGAUGUACGCAGACUUUAUGGCACACCCCGACUUGCUGCUGGCCAUCACUGCCGGGGCGACGCCAGAGGAGAGAGUCAUUAGCUUUGUGGAGUAUUAUCUUACAGCCUUCCAUGAGGGCCGAAAAGGCACCCUAGCCAAGAAGCCCUACAACCCCAUUAUCGGCGAGACCUUUCACUGCUCCUGGGAGGUCCCUAAGGACAGAGUCAAAGCAAAGCGGACUUCUUCCCAUUCUCCUAUCAGUUGUCAUGAGCAUCCGAUGGCCGACGACCCUAGUAAAAGCUAUAAACUCAGGUUUGUGGCUGAGCAGGUGUCCCAUCAUCCACCAGUCUCCUGCUUCUACUGUGAGUGCAAGGAGAAGAGACUGUGUGUCAACACUCACGUAUGGACCAAAAGCAAGUUCAUGGGCAUGUCCGUGGGGGUCUCCAUGAUAGGUGAAGGUGUACUUCGGCUCCUGGACCAUGGGGAAGAAUACGUCUUCACGCUGCCCAGUGCCUACGCCCGCUCUAUCCUCACUGUCCCAUGGGUGGAGCUUGGAGGGAAGGUCAACAUCAAUUGUGCCAAGACCGGGUACUCUGCCACCGUGACAUUCCAUACGAAGCCCUUCUACGGUGGGAAGGUCCACAGGGUCACCGCUGAAGUGAAACACAACCCAACCAACACUAUUGUCUGCAAAGCGCAUGGGGAAUGGAACGGCACCUUGGAGUUCACCUACAGCAACGGGGAGACCAAAGUCAUUGACACGACUGCCCUGCCUGUGUACCCUAAGAAGCUCAGGCCUCUGGAGAAGCAGGGGCCCAUGGAGUCCAGGAACCUCUGGCAGGAAGUCACCCACUACCUGCGGCUUGGUGACAUCGAUGCAGCCACAGAGCAGAAGCGGCGCCUGGAGGAGAAGCAGAGGAUGGAGGAGAGGAAACGGGAGACCCUUCGCACACCAUGGCGGCCCAAGUACUUCAUUCCGGAGGGUGAUGGCUGGGUAUACUUCAACCCCCUCUGGAAGACACACUGAUGGGCGAGGUGCAGUGCUGCCCUCCAUAGGCCUGACUGUAGGAAUUAAAGUGGUACAGUAUCAAGA